GUGUUGGGGGAAGAGACAAAAAGACAAGAACAUCCUGUGGUGGGAUUGAGGACACAACUGUUGGAAGAAGUUUGAGGCUGAAAGGCACAGAGACUGGAGAGCACACUGCCGUGUGCAGUGAAGGGGAUUUCGGAAAGAUGUCUUAUAAGGAGGAUCCUACAGUGGAGACAAAUGACAAUGAAAUACGUGAGCUGAAUCCUUCUGCAUUGCUAGCUUGUUUCCCAAAUUCAACCUUUGAUUUUCAGAAGUUUGCUGAAGACAAGGAGGCAGAAUUCCAAGAACUCCGUAAACAGCUACCGAAGGGUUACAACCCUACCAUGAGAAAUGAACAAAAUAGGUUAAAGUCCUUCUUGUCCUAUAAAUCUCAUGCAUCAUGGUCUUUGACAGAAAUGUCAGCCGCUGGGUUUUAUCACACAUGUGUUCAAUCCAGCGUGCAGUGUUUUUGCUGUGGAUUAGUUUUAUUUGCCACGAAGGUUCGAUGUACCCCAUAUGAACAGCAUAAGAAAUUUUCUUCCACUUGUGCAUUCAUCCUGGGCAAAGAGGUGGGUAAUAUUUCAAAGUACGACAUACGCGUUCAGAAGUUGGCGGAGAACCCAGCAGAGCACAGCGACAGGUACAGCGCGGAGGAGGCGAGGCUGCAGUCCUUCGGUGGAUGGCCGUUCUACGCCAAAGGAACAAAGCCUGAUUCACUUGCCAGAGCUGGGUUUUUCUUUACAGGCAAGAAAGACGUGGUGCAGUGUUUUGCUUGUGGUGGAUGUCUGGGAAACUGGGAAGAUGGUGAUGAUCCUUGGAGAGAACAUGCUAAAUGGUUUCCUGAGUGUGAAUUCCUUCAAAGUAAGAAAUCAAGUGAGGAAAUUAAAAAGCACAUUGAAACCUACCCUGGAUUUGUUGGAGUGGUGGGGAGGCAUUUCACUGCUUCUUUUGUCAAGGAGAAUUUACCUACUGCAACAGGUGAUGUCGUCUUGAACAUCUUUGAGGAUGAAGGAGUUCGGCUGGACUCUUUUAAAACUUGGCCAGCAGAAGCCCCUGUGGAAGCCACUGCUCUUGCUAAAGCUGGGUUUUUCUACACAGGACGAGAUGAUAUAGCACAGUGCUUCAACUGUGCAGGCUGCUUAGGCAAAUGGGAAGAAGGUGAUGAUCCUAUGGAAGGACAUGCAAAAUGGUUCCCUGAUUCCAACUGCAUGGAAAUACUUGGGAAGUCACUGGAAGAGCAACCAGAGAGCCCAUCUACAUCACGGUCUGCGCAGCAGACUGCCUGCAAAGGAAAUAUUGAAGAGAAAGCUAACCUGCCUUCUGUAGGAGCUGAUAUGACACUUUCUGAAAGCCAGCAUCUUCAAGAAGCAAGGAACUUGACCGAACAACUUAAAGAGGCUUACAAUGAUAAGAGUUUCAGAAAAUUGUUUUCCUUUGGGAACUCAAACCAUUUGGCCAUUGACUUGAAAAUACUGUAUGGGGACCUAUCAGUUGUCUCAAAGGAUAUUAAUGAUCAACCAAUACAGCAACUCUUUCUUCAUGAUAUCCUUGUGAACCUUAACUCCACCACUGUGCUGGAAGGUGAAACAGGAAGUGGAAAAACAGCUUUGCUCAGGAAAAUAGCUCUUCUUUGGGCCUCAGGCUGCUGCCCCAUUCUGAGCAGGUUUAAGUUUGUAUUUUAUCUCUCCCUGACUUAUGCAAGAUCAGAUCAGAGCAUGGCUGAGAUUAUAUGCAAUCAACCAGUAGGAUUUGUGGGACCAUUAACAGAAACAACUCUAAGAGAUGUAAUUCAGCCACUGAAAAACCAGGUCUUAUUUCUUUUGGAUGACUAUAGUGAGAUUAAUUCAGUGCCUCAAGUUGUAGAAGAACUUAUACAAAGGAACCACCUCUACCAGCAUUGUUUGGUUGUUGCUGCCCGUACUAACAGGACGAGAGAAAUUCGCAAGUAUGCAAGCACGACUUUAAGCAUUGCAGAGUUCCCUUUGUCCAGCAUUCUGUAUGUACUCAAGAAAUUGUUCUCCUACAAUAUUGGCCUUGUGGAGCACCUUAUCUUUCAGAUGGAGAUUAAAAAGUCUAUGCAGACCAUUCUAAAGACACCACUUUUUAUGGUGUCUCUCGCUGCUUAUUGGGUGCAGCACCCAAAGGGUAACCUAAUCAGUGAUAAGGCUAUUUUUAAAGCCUAUCUGCUCUAUCACUUACUAAAACACAAUGAAGAACGGGAACAUAUACUGGCUAUGUUUUCGUCAUGUGGUGAGCUUGCCAUAACUGGUCUUUUUAAGUCAUCCUUUGACUUCACUGAAUAUGAUCUGUCUGAAGCAGGAGUUGAUGGAGAUGAAGCUGUUAGGCUGGGUUUACUGAGCAAAUUUACUGCCCAAAGGCUUCAUCCAAUUUAUAAAUUCUUUCACCCCUUAUUCCAGGAGUUUCUUGCAGGGAGAAGACUGAGCGAGCUCCUGGUUUCUGAUGAAAAAGAAAAACUGGACCGAGGGCUGCAGUACUUGCAGCAAGUCAACACAUUUAGAAAAGUUGCUGGGCGCUAUAAUUUCUUAUUGGAUUACACCUGCAGCUUUUCUUCCAAAGCAGUACCCCAAGUUAUAUCCCAUUUAUUUAAACUGACUGACUGCAAGGCGUCAUUGGAAAGCCAGUCAGAAAAUUAUGAACAUCUUCAGCACCAUGCAGACCUUCUAGAGAGAAUGCUUUUCGUUGACCAUAUAAGUUUUCUUGAUCCAAAACUGCUUCUUUCAGUUUUCAUUCAGCAUGUACUGGACUUCGCUAUUUCUGUAGUUUAUGGGAGUAAUACCGUCUCCGUGUGUGCCCCAAUCAUUUUUCAGUUUCUAAGAGGCAAAGAUAUUUCAUUAACUUCAUUUUCACCACUCAAAGAAUGUGAGUUGAGAUUUUUCCGAGAUUACCCGGAAUCACUAUCUCUGCCUAGUAGUUUUCAGGUUUCAGUACGAGGAAUUGACCACAAACAAGAAUUUAUGAUGUCUGAAAUAGGUGCUUGCUACUCUUCACUGGGGAGGCCAAUACUUGACAGGGAUUAUGCUCCUGCCUUUCCAUGUUUUAAUGACGUGGCACAAAAACAGAAAGAAGGAGAAGAAGAAAUUCAUAGAUUCCUUUCACUGAGGCAAAGACAUCUACCAGACUCCACCGUGCGUCCCUUCCUACUCACAACAAGGAAGAUGCCACUUUUAAAAUGCACGUUCAGCCACAUUAGUUCCUUUCAGGAAGCUGACCUCAGAAAUUUGAUGACACUGUUUUCUGUUGCGGAUUGUAUUGAACUUGAGCUGAAUAACAGUCCUGGAUUCAUAGAAGUUAUACGACCUGCUAUUGAACAGUACAAGGAACUUUUUAAAAAAUGUAGCCUACAUCAUCUUAACUUGAGCAUAAUAGAGCAAGAAUUACUUCUCUCAAUGCCUUUUGUGGAAUGUCUUGAGAUAAAUGAAAAAGAAAUACCAGAACUGCUUUUUUCAAAUUUGGACAAAUUCAUCUGUCUGGAGGAACUGUCAGUGAGUCAAUGUAAGAACGGCAAUGUAUUUGAUAGAGUACCUGAUGGCUUCAAAAACCUCCGUAACGUGAAGAAAUUGUUGAUGAGUAGAAUGAAGUUUGAAAACGACUCUAGGCUGGUUGAAUGUAUUAAGAACUUCGAAGACCUCUCUGUUUUUCACUUGGACUGUUCAAGUUACUUAAAUCCUGAACCCCUUCUGGAAGCAAUUUCUUCAUGCAAGAAAUUAAUAGAACUCAAGCUAACUGGCUCAUUUUUGGGAGAUCGAGACUUGCUUUCCUUAGCUGCUGCUCUGCCCAAUUUUGUCUCUCUCAGAGUGCUGGAUCUUGCAAGCCAACGUUUUGAAGACAAGGAAGCUUGUGAAAUCUUUGCAUACAAUUUGGGUGUUCUUCUUAACCUGGAGGAACUCAUCAUUCCUGCAGGGAAGGGAAUCACAUCUGCAGCCAAACUGAUUGUUCAGCAGUGUCUACACCUACUGCACCUCAGGUGCUUCUCAUUUGCCCUACAUAUGGAUGAUGACAGUCUGUUAGAAAUAGCAAAGGUCGCAAACUGUGGCGGUUUCCAGAAGCUUGAAAACCUCUCAUUGUCAGUAAAUCACAGUGUCACAGAAACUGGUUGGAGAAACUUCUUCAAAACACUUAAUAACAUGCCGGCUUUAAAAAAGCUGGACAUUAGCCGUUUGUUCACACAUCAGAUCAAAGCCAGUGCACCAACGGUGACAGCGUUUGUCCAGUGUGUUUCUCGGUUGCCUGGUCUUGUGACAAUACAAAUGCUAGGCUGGCUCCUUGAUGCAGAGGACCUUCAAAUGUUUGAUAUCAUGAAGGAGCAGCACCCCCAAUCUAGGAGUUUAAAAUUAUCUUGGCAAUGGAUCUUGCCCGUUUCACCAAUUUUUCAAGACUAGGGAAGUUUGAAAGUGUUAGGGUUUGGGUUUCUCUUCUUUCUUGUAUUAUGAAUUAUAUACCUGCAUUGCAAAUAAAGGUAUAAAGAUUUUUACCAGGAUCAGACACGGCAGUCUCUUCUACAGCAGGGUUAGGUUAAUGUAAAAGGAUCAAGAAACAGAAGAUAGGAUUAACAUAACUCUAAAAACCUGGCUUGCUUUGCAAAUAUGGUUAUAGAUUGUACCUAAGUGAUACCAUCCAAAGAAGAAUGUAAAAUUUUGCUUAAAGCCUACUUUAAAUAAAUUAUUUCUAUUCA